ACGCCGACACUUGACUGAUCAAGUAGCGAGAUAAAUGAGUCGAGACGCUUUAUGUACUUAUUCUCCCUCGAAAGACGAUUGUAUCUCAUGAUAAUUACAAUAAGCAAUUAUUCAUCGUAUCUUAACUAUUUCAAACGGUAGUGCCGUAAGUGUUGUGCGAAACGACUUUUAUUGAUGUUCGCGCGCGAUCGUAAUUACCAGCAAGUGUUUUUCGAGUGCAUCUUGAAGAGGAGCGUGAAGAGGAGAAUCUAUAAGAAGAAGGUCUAACAACCUGGGAACCCAGAGGCCUGAUAAUCUGAAAGGAGGAGGAGUUCCAGAAGAGGCAUCGGGUGCCGGUGAAGCAAUCUUGCGGCAAUCAAUAUAAUUUGUUCGAGUUAGUAUUCUCGUUUGAUUAACUACUUGUUGUCGCGAAGAAAUGCGGUGUAAUUGACACGCGGAAGUAAGGAUGGAGCAUAUAUAUUAUCUGUCGGCAAUGAUAAGCCGACGAUGAUAGCCGGCAGCAGAAGGAGUUUCUCUCCUUUAUCGAUCCGUGGGUGAAAUGGAGCCAGAAUUUAUAUGGUCAGGCUCAACGAAAGUUACAAAAAGUCCUUCGAUAAACAUACCAGAUUUGGCAAACCGCCAAAGAGUCGGAGAUCGGAAUCUCGGGUUAGAAGAAUUUUGACGUGGAUUAAUCACGAACCGGUUACCUUAGUCAAUCGUCGACAAGCGGAUUUUGUAGAGCGUACUAGAUCGUUUGUCGGACAAGUCAAGGACCUAGAAACAUCGCGUCUUUAUGCAGAUAUCGUACACGGUAGGAAGACCAUCAAAGACGAAUUUAACGUAUCAGAUAUUUUACGUAAUUUCGAUUUCAACGAGCAAGCGCUUUUUUGGUGGCAAUGUCUACAAGAUUUAAACGAUUUUCGUCUAAAACUCAAAAAACGCAUGCCGGAAGUGCCGUUCUUGGACAUAGAGGACGAGCUUUCUUGUCUGGACAAAGAAUAUGUCGGAGCGCUGCCUGAAGAUAGGGUUUUUCUGAUUUUCGAAAAGUACCGCAUAUAUCCAAACAAGAAGUUUCUCGUGCCGUUAAUGGACACAUUGCAGUUGCGCAAAGAUGGAAAUAUUAAUUACAGGGAAAUGCUGAAUCUCUUGAAUUGGAAGCGUAGUUUACCCGUUUUGCCAUCAAUAAAACAAAUAUCCGUGGGGAGUCCAGAUCGUACUACGUAUAGUGACAGCAUAAAAAACGUUCAAAUAACUGAUAGUGCAAAAGUACGUGCGGCAGGACUUCCAUCUGAGAGGUCAGACUUUCUGAUAACAGCAUUACCGCGCGCCGGUAUACAUCCAGAUAGGGAGAACUUGGGCGAUCAAACCUCCGUUCAUUGUGUGAUAUCGCCUAGCAUAUUCACAAGAUACGGCUUGACACAUAUAGAUUUUUUCAAGACUCACGACAAGGAAGAAAUACGAAGCAUAUUCGAGAACAUCGGUUUCGAAUUUCCGGAGAACAGCUUCGAUACGCUUUGGCAGGAAGGAAUGCGGAAAGAUUGUACCGGCGGCGUGUGCGUGGAAACAUUUCGGGAGCUACUCGCCGCGUCAAAUUUCGUGGCAAAGAAAACCACAUGUGGCUAGAUACAUUCGAGCU